AUGAAUAGUAACCGAAGUGCUGAAUUUCCUUCCGGCUCGAGACUUCGUGCUUGUCUCUUGUGUUCGCUGAUCAAGUAUGACGGCGAUCUUCAAGCCUCGCCAAUCAUGGAUAGCGUCUUCCAAAAAAGUGAGUACGUAUCAUUCAUCAAUAUUUCUCUAAAUUCUGAAUUAAACAUAUACAACAUUACUUACGCGCCUGGUCCAAUGGAAGAUAAUCUAUUGCCAGGUGUUUACGCCGUUAAAGUUCACGGUGAACUUCCUGAUUGGGCAAGGGAACUAGCCGAGGACGAAGGCAUACAAGUCAUCUCAAACGAUUAA